GGCACAAAUCGGAAGCCCAAACAGUCCCUAACUUCAUCGCGAACCCCUUGCCUUCUUCCCCAAACACGCCUCCGCGACUCGACCCCCCCCCCCCCCCUUCUCCUCUUGAUUCGAGCGAUCGACCCCGCUCUCGCCGGAGUGCUCCACCGCCAGCGUCCACCCCAACCACUCCCGCUCGCGCGGCGCCGAUGGAGUACGACUUCCGGGGCCGAUUGGGCUCGGGCUCCUACGGCGCGCCUCCCGGGGCCGUAUCCACCGGAUCGUCGCUCUACCCGCACGUCGGGCAGCCCUCCCACGGCGGUGGGGGUUCCACCGCGUCACUGCGGGCCGCGCCCUACCACCACUCGUCCUCAGCAUCCGGGUCCUCGGCUCCCAUAGUUACGCCGCUUGCUCCCACCCCGUCGUCCUCGUCGAAAGUGGGCAUACAAGUUGCGAUAAAGCCUGACUACCGCAUUACCCCUCCUCCUCAAAUGGCACCACAUAUGGUAGAAAUUCCUCAUAGCAUCUUCAACUUCGACUUUGAGUAUGAGAGAAAGAUUCUUGCUGAGGCAGAGGAGAACCCCAACUGGAACAAGUUUGUGGUAGAAAGACAGGCACCACAAACAGUGCCACAGCAGGCUAGACCAGCAUCUUCAGGGGAUCCAGUUGUGGACAAGUAUGUUGCGAUGGGGCUUGGACGUGAAGCUGUCUCAUUUGCUGUGUUGAAUUAUGGAGAUAAUCCAGUGAAGGUGAAAGAGUUCGUGAAAUCCUACAAUAUUCUCCACGAGAUGGGCUUCACGUCCGCAAACGUUCCCGAGCUGCUGGCGAUUCAAGACAACGAUCCUGACAAAGUCAUCCAGCGCUUGCUUUCCUCGCCAUCCUGAUCCCGGAACAAGACGCCUUUCAUAUGUAUACCCCCAUGUACAGCCUCACCCUAUGCUGGCAACCAUCAUGCAUGUCACAUGUAAUGGAGUUCCGAGUGUUCGUACUUCUAUUUACGUGUUAUCUGGUAGUCAAGUAGCGUGAACUGACAUGAUUGUAUGGUUGUAUCGAAAUCUCUUGUCAGCAGUUGUUGUAUGGUAGUACACAUCAUGCAGUUGUUGUAUGUGCUUCUGAUCAGAAAUUGCCACGAACUUGUCUC